AGAACACCUAGUCUACUUGACCAAUUUGUAAAUAGACAUGUUUUCCGAGCAGUAUGCGGUCGAAUGCGUGAUUGCACGCGGGUUCUCAGCAAGGUGCAACAGCUGGCGGUCAGCUGUCAUUCUGGACCGAGAAGCUCAGGCGCAUCUGGCAGUCGGCCGAACCCUGAGAUCAAUCCAUAACAUUUUCUGCCGGCUCGCCGUCGACCCGCGCACCUCGACGUCUCCAGGCCGCCCCGCACACAAAAGACGGACAAGCCUGGAACUUGCGCGAGGAUGCCCCGACUCGCCAUAUCGUCGCCGCUGCUGCAGGCGGCGCUGCAGCCCGCGAGGGCGCAGCUCGUCGCCGUCCCUCGCGCGACACGCCCCAUUGCUGUUGCUGUUGCUGCUAGAGCCACACGGACCUUCUCCCACCUCCCGAGCCUGCGGCCCACCACCCUCCUCUCGUCGUCCUUUUCUUCUCCCGUCUUCCGAGUGACCCAGACACCGCUCGCGCGGCUCCCGCCAUGCUACUCCUCUCCUUCCAUACUACAGCAAACGGGCACAUCAGCAUCAGCGCUGGCAGACGUCGUGCCCAAGUCGUCCAUCUCGGCGCACCCGGCCCUCGCCGCCACGCAGAUCCGCUGCGGGCCGCGCGCCACCAUGUCGGGCCACAGCCGGCUGAUCCAGAAGCGCCGCCACGGGUUCCUCAGCCGCAUCCGCACCAAGAAGGGCCGCAAGCUGCUGGCCCGUCGCAGGGACAAGGGCCGGAAGCGCCUGUCGGCGUGAGAGGACCUUUGAGGUAGUUCUCGAAGUGGGGAGAGCGUUUUUUUUGCCAAAAAAAAUACAAGCAAAACUGAACCCCCCCCCCCCCCCGGGGGGAAAAGUUGAGAUGGAGCCCGGAGGCGUUCUCUUACGCUUUGAUUUGAUUCUCCUGUCACCAAAACAAACCUCCUCUGCAAAAAUCUGUCGACAGUGGGCCUCCGCACCGCAUGGAUGGGAAGAAAAAGAUAAGACGGACCGGGAAACGAUAAGAAGGGGGGGUGGGAAUCUCACAUCUGAAAGAAGCAGGAAAACAGGGAAAGGGGGUGUGUAACGAUAGUAGAAAGAGCAUGACAUCAACCAAACCUCACGCGCGCGUGUGGUAUCAUUACGGAGUGCGGCGGGCAGGAGGGACAAGAGGGUGUGUGUGUCUCCUCUCUCUAUGAGCCCAGCUGUGGUUCAUGUAUGCAUGUACAUAUAUCUAGUAUAUACUAUAUAGCCGCAAAUUCAAAACAUCAAAGAAGA